AUGUCGUUUGUGCAGUUAGACGCUUUCCCGACUGUCGGCUGCUCCUUCGGCCCGUCUCGUCGCUUCAGCAGCUUUUACUUAGGCGCAAUCAGGUUUGUUGUAGACGCACCAGGUGUCCUCCAGGAGGGCUAUGAAAAGUAUGGUAGUAGACCAUUUAAGGUCGCAACCAUGCUGCGCUGGACGGUGGUAUUUAGUGAUCCCCGGCACAUGGUGGAAAUUGCGAAUGCUGCGGAAGAAGACCUUUCGUUCCGCGAGGCUAUGAAAGAUAUCAUGGGUGUUGACGAUGCAUUUGGGAUUAACGUCGGCAGUCCAGAUCAUGGCCUCCUUGCUGAGUUACUCAAGAGCCAUAUCACUAAAAAUGCAGCCAAAAUCUGCGGUGAGGUUCAAGAUGAGUUGCUCGCGUCUCUUGAGAACAUUUUAGGUGACGGGACCGACGCAGAGUGGACCACUAUCCCCGCUUUGAACACCGUAAAUCGAAUCAUGGCGCAGACAUGGCAGCGGUUUUUUGUUGGCUUUCCCCUAUGCCGUAAUUCCGAGUGGUGUUCCUUAGUGACCAAGAUCCACAAGGAUGUGGCGAUAUUGAGCGUGAUAAAACGUCUUGUGCCAUCAUGCACAUUCCCAUUCUUGGUUAGAAUGGCUAGCAGCCUUGAGGCAAAAAUUGAUCGUGCGACGAUGCUAUUGGGUCCUGUAGUGGAGGCUUGCAUGAGCGAAGUGGACGAAUAUUCUGCUCCAAACCAACAGAAGGUACGAAAUUCACUGCUAUAUAGUGAUUCGCGAUCUACGGGUGAAGAUAGUUUGUUAAGAAACCUUACGACGCGUCUUCUUGGUUUCACCAUCGCCGUUGCAUCUACCUUUACCCACGCCCUAUAUCAUUUAGCCACAAACCCCGAGGUUGCUCAGGCAUUGCGGGAUGAAGUCGAUCCCGUCGUACAGCGCAAUGGCUGGAACACACACUCCAUUGAUAAAAUGAACAAGAUAGACAGUUUCUUGAAGGAAAGCGCCAGGAUCAACGGUGCAUCAUCUAUGGGAUUCUUCAGACAAGUAACGCGUGAUUACUCGCUCUCUGAUGGCACGUUCCUCCCCAAGGAUUGUUUCAUAGCGGUGUCGUUGCUGCCACUUCACCGUGACAGCACAGCAUACGAGUCUCCCGACGAAUUCAGACCUUUCAGAUUUGUGGACAACCCGGAGUGCAGCAUGACUACUAUCGCACCCCAGUGGUUGUUUUUUGGCCAUGGGAAACAUGUGUGCCCUGGGCGUUUCCUAAUCACUCACCAGUUGAAAGUCAUGUUUGCGUACAUGGUAUCUGCCUACGACGUCAGAAUGGAGGGUGGACGGACAUUGCGUCCGCCAAACUUCAUAUUUGCGGAGGGGAUCGUGCCGAACUUAUCUGCGCAUCUCUCAUAUAGAAGACGGCAGCCUACGAAUGGAGCCCACUAA